AUGCGUCUGCCUUCCGUAAGCCGGUAUAGUUUGCACUUAGAAGGCUCAGCAGCAGUUCUAGUGAGAUCUACCAACACUGCCAUCAAAAUGAAAUACCUCCUUGUCUUCCUCGUUGUCUGUGUGGCCCUGGCUGCCGCUGCACCUCAAUUCUUCGCAGCUUACCCUACCUACGCUGGAUUCGCUCCCGCUGCUAGGACCUUGGUGGCUGGCCCCACAGUCGUGAACGGUGCUGGUGCCCGCUUCGUCGCCCCUGGUUACGUCGGCCCAGCAUUCUUCUAG